AUCAGCAUACAGAGUUUUUUUGUUACGGUCGGCCCUGCCGCACGCGCGGACGUAUAUGUGUUCGUGGCGCCAUCUCGCCCUGCUCUUCUUGCUCCCGUGCUUGUUCGGGAGGCCGUCGUCAUCUGCCGCGGCGAGCGACUCGCUCUCCGCUGGAGAUUCUCUCACCGGGAACCGGACGCUGGUGUCGGCGGGAGAAAAGUUCGAGCUGGGCUUCUUCUCCCCGGCCGGAAACUCCACCUACUACGUCGGCAUAUGGUACAAGCGGAUCCCGGGACAGACCGUCGUCUGGGUGAUGAACAGAGACUCCCCGAUCGCCGACCCGUCGUCCGCGGAGCUCACCGUGGCUCAGGACGGCAGCUUACUCCUCCUAGUCGUAACGGGAAACCGGUCGAAGAAGACGACGGUUUGGUCAUCCAACUCGACACGUCCGUGCGACGAAGGCACGGCCGUGGCGGUACUCCUCGACACCGGCAACUUGGUCCUGCGUGGCCGGUGCCGGCGGGGCGGCAACUCGUCGGCGAUCAUCUGGCAGAGCUUCGACCACCCGACCGACACGCUGGUGCCAGGCGGCUGGGUCGGGCUGAACAAGAGCACCGGCGCGUACCAGGCGCUCCGGUCGUGGCGGAGCGCCACCGACCCGUCCACGGGGCUGUACAUGGACCGGGUCGACCCGCACGGAUCGGCCCAGUACGUCUUCCUGUGGAACGGCACGACCGUCUACCACGACAUCGGCGCCUGGAACGGGCGCUACUUCGUCCCCAUCCCCGAGAUGGGCACGUCGCCGGCCAAGUACACGUUCGUCUUCGUCAACAGCAGCGACGAGGUGAGCUACUCGUUCCGCGUCGUUGACCCGUCGACCGUCUCGAGGCUGGUGAUGAGCCCUCACGGGCAGCUCACCAUGUACGACUGGUCCGACGCGUCCGGGCAGUGGCUGCUGCACUGGGCGACCCCCACGUCGCAGUGCGACGUGUACUCCGUGUGCGGGCCGUUCGGCCUCUGCGACGUGUCCAGCUCGCAGUACUGCCGGUGCUUGCCGGGGUUCCACCCCGCGGCGCAGGGGGACUGGGUCAACCAGCUCUGGAGCGCCGGCUGCGCGAGGAAGACGACCUUGCAGUGCGGCGGCAACGCGUCGUCGACGGAUGGGUUUCUCCCGCUGCAAAAUGUCCAGUUGCCCGGGCCCGGCAGCUACUCCCUGGUGGCGGCUGCUGGCAGCUCCGGAGACUGUGCAUCGGCGUGCCUGAGAAACUGCUCUUGCACGGCUUAUGCCUAUGCGGACAGCUGCUUGGUGUGGGACGGUGACCUUCGCAACGUUCAGCAGCUCUCCGUCGGCGAUGCCGGGGCUUCUACGCUGUUCCUCAGAGUCGCCGCCGCCGACCUUGUUGCUGCAAACCAGAGAGAUGGUCGUUUUCGCAUUAUUGGCGUGUCCUCAGCUAUUGCUCUCGCGAUACUCUGCCUGCUGCUCUUUGUUCUUGCCAGGGUUCGACGCCGUGACGAGACCGUGCACCAUGACGGCUCUCUCAUCGUGUUCAGCUAUGGUUACCUCGCGCAGUGCACGAAGAACUACUCACAGAAGGUGGGGAUGGGCAGCUUCGGCUCCGUGUACAGAGGGACGCUCCCUGACCACACCGUGGUAGCCGUGAAGCGGCUCGAGGGUUCCGCGCAGGGGGAGAAGCAGUUCCGCACGGAGGUCAGGACGCUGGGCACGAUCCAGCACGUCAAUCUCGUCCGCCUCCGAGGGUUCUGCGCCACGAGGCACGAGAGGCUCCUGGUCUACGACUACAUGCCCAACGGUUCCCUGGCGUCCGUGCUGUCGGGCCACAGCUUCAGGCUGCUGGACUGGCGCGCCAGGUUCGGGAUCAUGGCCGGCGUCGCGCGCGGGCUGGCCUACCUCCACGAGCAGUGCCAGGAGCGGAUCGUGCACUGCGACGUCAAGCCGGAGAACAUCCUCCUCGACGCCGGGUUCUGCCCCAAGGUGGCGGACUUCGGCAUGGCGAAGCUGAUCGGGCGCGACUUCAGCCAGGCGCUGACGACCGCGCGCGGCACGGUGGGGUACCUGGCGCCGGAGUGGAUCCUGGGCCUCCCCAUCACGGCCAAGGCCGACGUGUACAGCUACGGGAUGAUGCUCCUGGAGCUCAUCUCCGGGCGGAGGAACCGUGACGCCGCGGCGCCCGGCGGCGGCGGCUGCUACUUCCCGCUCUGGGCCGCGACCAAGGUCCGCGAGGGGCAGUUCCUGGCGCUGCUGGACGAGCGCCUGGCGGGGGACGCGGACGUGGAGGAGCUCGGCCGCGCGUGCAACGUCGCGUGCUGGUGCAUACAGCAGAGCGAGGCGCUCAGGCCGACCAUGUGGCAGGUGGUGCAGGUCCUGGAGGGAUCGCUCCGCGUGGGCACCGCGCCCGUGCCGAGGUUCCUCGAGCAUUUGUUGGUGGAGGAUUCAUGUACAUCUUAUAAUUUGGAAUUGAGGGUGUAAAAAGUAGUUUUUGGUGAUCCAAAUAGAAGAUCUCAAAGUUA